CUGAGGAGUUGCUACAGGAUGUCUGGCCGCGGCAAAGGAGGAAAGGGCUUGGGCAAGGGAGGUGCAAAGCGUCAUCGGAAAGUCUUACGAGACAACAUCCAGGGUAUCACUAAGCCUGCUAUCCGGCGUCUGGCUCGACGAGGUGGUGUUAAGCGUAUUUCUGGCCUUAUCUACGAAGAGACUCGUGGAGUGCUGAAGGUUUUCUUGGAGAACGUUAUCCGUGAUGCUGUCACUUACACAGAACACGCCAAGCGUAAAACUGUAACAGCUAUGGAUGUAGUUUACGCGCUUAAGAGACAGGGGCGUACUCUGUAUGGUUUUGGCGGUUAAAGUGUCUAGCAUCCAAAAUUGAAGGUACCCAAUUCUCAA